CUUCCUUGUUUAAGCUACUAUCAUGAAAAAGUUAAAAAUGAUGCAUUUUGUGGUGAUGCCAGUUUUGAACAGGAUAUUUGUUAUUGAAUAUUGACAACACAUAUGUUGUCAAAAAUAAAAUAUAUACAUUGCAUCACUGACAGCUCUCAACAUGUGGUGUUUACUAAGAACAAUGGAAACUGUACACUAUUUUGCUUUGUUGGUUAAUUUGGUGUCACUAACAAGGAGCUGCCACGGACUUGGACAAACGUGCACCGUUAAUCCAAGCAACUGUACUUGUACUGGAGAGGUUUGCCUGGGGAGCAACACCUGUGUUUGUGACUCAGAACACUACACAGCUAAUGGAGGAUGUACAGAAAUAGCACAACUUCAAGUAACCAGCAUUACCUUUUCUCAAGUGGACACAACUUCAAUGAUUGUGUCAUGGACCCCUCCAAGUGGAAAAAGCGGCUUUAUUUAUGACUACAAGGUUCAGUGGAGAUCAAAUGAUAAUACCAUAGUUGGAGGUGUUGAGGAUAAUAUUAUGUCAACAACAACUUCAAUAACAGGCCUUACACCAGGAAAGAACUACCUAAUAACAGUGACAUCAGUGAACAGGGGCACACAAACUGACUCUCCAAGAACUGCGUCUCUCUUCAUACAAAAAUCAUCAAAACCAAUGCCUCCCAGAAGAUUAGAUUUGGGUAGUAGCAACUUAGAUGCAAGUGAUCAGCGAGUAACACUUGUUUGGACAGCACCAUCAAGUGGAGUGGUGUCAGGAUAUAGUGUAGAAGUGCUUGAUGGGAAUGAAUCAAAACAGUCAAUUUCCAAUGUUGGAACAGCCAGUGCUACAUUAUCUUUUAGUGACAUAAAGAAUGGUAAUGUGUAUAAUGUCAAAAUCAUAUCUAAAAGUGAAACCUAUGCUGGAUCAAAUACGGAACCCAGUGAUACGUUUGAGUCAACAUUCAAAACUGUUGUUCAAGUGCCAGAUCCACCAACUGAUGUUUCCUGCCAAAGUAUAUAUGAUGAGUAUAUUACUCUUUCAUGGACUGUUCCUCUGAAACCCAAUGGUGAUUUGGAUCAAUAUGUUGUCCACACUUUGUCAUAUCCAUCAAAUACCGAAAAAUUCCAGAAUAACACAAUCUCUACUGGGACAACUUAUAAUGUGCAUGGCUUAGAACCAGGUACAGCCUACGUAUUCCGGGUGUACACACAGAAUGAAGGCUACAAGUCUACAGAGUACGGGGCAGUGCAAACAUUUUGCACAACAAAGGCAAGAAUGGCUGACAAACCGCAAAACUUGAAUUUUGUAAACAACAUAACCAGCCGAGCACUUUCUGUCACCUGGUCUGAACCAGUCAAUAUCUACAGCUCUGAAAACCUUGGUUACAUAGUUCAACUUCAAGACAAUGAUGCCAGUAUGUGUGCCAAGGAAAUCAUUAUGAGAUGCAGUAAUUGCACCACUGGCGACAUCAACGACAUAGACAUGCCACAUUGUGGUCAAAAUUUGCAAGUACAGAUUGACCAGUCUCAUGAUGUAAUCCGUGCAAACAAAGCAUACACGUUUCAAAGUCUCCUACCUGACACAAACUACACAGUUUCUGUGACGGUGGUACAAAUUCAGGGUAGAGGUUAUGCAGCUUCAAUCAAUAUGAAGACUCUAGAGGAAGAGCCCCAAGCUCCACCAGUUGUUAAGCCAGUGGUUGAUAUAGGAAAGACGUCUUUCAAUGUUUCGUGGAGUCUGAUAGGACCAAGGCCGGGCCAAGUCACGUACACGGUGAUCCUUACUGCCGACAUGGGAGCAGACUCCAAAAAAUAUAAUGUUACUGGUUACUUAAACAACAGUUGGAUUGCUGAUGGACUAGAAGAGUAUUGGAACUAUACUGUGAGUGUCAAAGCAAUAACUAAUGUAGGUUGUGCUAAAACAUCAGAUAUUACACAAAAAUAUAGGACUCUGCAUUCAGCGCCUGGAGCAGUAACUGACUUUGAAGCAGUUAAGGCUGAGCAGCGGUCCGACAAUUUUCACAAAAUGACAAUCCGCUGGAAAGCUCCUUCGUUGUUGGAGCGCAAUAGUGAUAUAAAGGAAUAUGUGCUGAAACACAAUGUUGGAAACAUAGCAACUAAUUCGGGGGUUGGCGGAGAGUUAAAGACAAUGUCCUUCACGUCGGAAACUGGCGACGGAUUUUACAGUCAAGAGUUUGAUGUGAUACCUGAAUCAACAUACCAUUUUGAGGUGUAUGCUGUAAACACUAAGAGUACAGAUAAUAUUGGGGUGAAGAUGACGAUCAACGAAAUGGCCCCAGCUGGAUUCCCUGUAAAUAUUGAAGAAGCUGACGCAACCUUACAGGUUGUGAAAGAAGGCUCGAAAGACAAAACCUUCAUAAGUCUGAAUCUCGUGAGGGAUUAUUUCACUGAGGAAACCAAUGGAAGAGUACAGAGGACCGCUUUACUUGGGUGUAAAAGCAGUGCAUGUCCAGAAAACUUUCUUGACUAUGCAGACACUCAAGAGAAGGUUGAUGUUCUGGCCAACUGGCAAAAGGCUGCACUAAAUGGCCUGUAUAGGAUCACUUCAGCUGACUGGUUAACAAAGAACAAGAGAAGGCGUCGAAGCACUUACACAAACGUCACGUACACAGUGGGCACAGAGAGUUGUGAUGGCGUUCCAGAGGGCACAUACUGUAACGGUCCACUUGAGCCAGGGACGGAAUAUAUAAUUGUUGCUGUUGUUUGUACCAGUACGGGAUGUACGGUCAGCAAAAAGUAUGGACCUUUCAUUACAAAGGAGGCAGAUCCUCAGCCUGUAGGCAUGAUAGUGGGUAAAGUUGUUGGGGUAAUUGCAAUCCUUGCCAUUGCCGUUGUGGUGGUCUUUAUUCUAAGAAGAUACAGGAACAAGACUCCAACCAUAAACAAAGAACACGGUGUCGGAAUCGAGAUUAAUACUGACUCGGUUUCAACAAAAGAUGGCAUUCGUUUAAUCGUCUACGAAAAUGUUAUAUCAGGAAACCAAGCUGCUGGCCCAAAUUACAAUACCGUGAACAUUUCUGGUUGUUGGCCUGAAAAGGAUUAUAAGCUUUGCUUUAACCCAACGAUCGAUAAAGUCAACCAAUUUUGGACAAUGAUUUUUGAGGAGGCAGUUUACACCAUUGUUAUGUUUGCUGAAAGUAAAGCUCAUAAGAAAGAAUCGAGGUAUUGGCCAUCUGAUUUCAAUGAACCAACGAACUACGGGCAUGUAGAUCUGGAAGUAACAUACCUGAAUACACACAAUGCUUAUACUCAUAUGAAAAUUAACAUCUGCAACAGAUUAACGACAAGAACUGUUAACCACUUUCAAUGCGCGCCAGUCUCCACGUUUAGUCCAGAUGGAUUCGUUUACUUUGUAAAGUGUGUGAGAUCAAACGUUAAGACUGGGCGUAUCCUUUUGCAAUCCAGCAAAGGCCUGGCAUCUACCGUUCCGUUCGUGGUAUUGGAUACAUGUUUACAGCAACUUUCUGAUGGGGCAUUGGCAGAGAAAGUAGACGUCUAUAAAAUGUUGGUAAAUAUGGCGAAGACACGCAAAGACCUUAUGCCUCCACGGGAAUUGUUUAUCUUUACCCAUGACUGUGUGCAACGUCUCGGAACUGGGGACUACGAACCGCUCCAAAACACGGCACAAAUUGAAAGUGUUUAUCAAACGCUGCAAGUCGAUGACUGAGGUCCGAAGCUAAGUCUGCUGCUGAACUCAUUCUUAACCAGACUCAUUGUAUCCAAGUGUUUAUAUUACAUUAUAUAUCUGCUGUUAUCGUACUUAUGAUAUGAAAAAAGUUAUUCGGAUACGUAAAUAUACAACAGAAAUACAAACUAACGUUUUAUAGAUGAAAACGUUUCUUGGUGAAACGAUUUGGCAUAAUGUGAUCAAAAAAUAUAAGCCACGUUAAGUAAUUUUCAUACUGAUAAAUGUACAAAUUUCCAUUUCUGUUUUUUUUACAACAAUUUGUAUAAAUAUAUGUUAUGGGCAUUUCCCGAAGAUAUGGAUAAUACCACUCAUUCUAUAUUAAUAUUAUAUUACAUGUGUGUUCUACAUAUUUUACAUUUAUUUUUAUCAAUAAACUACAUGAUAAUUGAAACACUGUUUAGGUAUCGUCUAAGACUGUAUCAGAAAUGUGAAAUCGAAAUCAAUAUUUGUGAACAAAAAGACAGAGCCAUUGAGAAAUACUUCAGGGUCAUUAUAUCUUAUAUGUGCAUUGUUACUGUUGAAGAUAUUUUCGUGGUGCAAAGUUGCUCCUGACUCAUGAACCUUUACGAGAAAUAACCAGUUUGAUCAGUACGGGUUCGAACAAAUCCAACAACCCUCGGCUUAAUAACUAUCAAAAUAUGAAGACUUCCGUUUUAAAGGCAAACACGGUGACUAUGUAUAUAUAAACAUACAGACCAGAAACUUAUUUUGCUUUUCGCUGUAACAAACAAUAGUUAUG